ACGUGUAUAUUAUAUACCGGAUUGGUCGCUUCUAGACCAGCACGAUGCUGCCCAUCACGUUAGUACUGCUCGUUGUUACGAGCGUAUUUGCUGCUCCAUCAGUGACCGUCACCCAGUACAACGUUAAUGACAUCCCUCCUGUCGCCGACAAUGGCAAACCAAGCUCAAGCAUCGAGAAUGCGUUCGACGUUCUGAGCGACGGUGGCGACACCAACAUCUACAUCCUAACAAUCCGUCAGAUCCUCAACGAUCUGGCUAACCAGUCCGACCCUAAGAGCCAGGCGCUCGCUGUCGGUCAGGCCAUCGCCAUCCUCGGCGAGCUGGUCUAUGGUAACCCUGGUGAUGCUUGCGCCGCCGCUGAGCUUGUGAACGCAUACACUAGCGGCAACAAAGCGGCUACUCGCGUCGCUCUCAUCAACUUCAUCCAGAGUCUGGUCGCCAACAUCGAUGCCUUCGUCCAGCUUAUCUUGAACCCCAACUCCGUCAGAUACGGUAGUGGUAGACGCGGCAACUGCGUGGGAGGAGGUAGGAGUUACAACUUCGAGGCUGCAUGGGACUCCGUGCAGUCAGAUGCCGACCCAUUCCUUUCAAGUUUGUACAACGAGGAAUACUGUGCUGCUAAGAGGCUGUACAACGCCUUUAACAUCCGUAGCAACAAUGUAGGCGCAGCCGCCACCGCAGCCUCUUUGUCACCUGUCACUGAAAUCGUACAGAGAGCUUACGCAGCUCUCGUUAACCUCUUGGGCGCUAUUGGAAACAACGGUAACGUUAUCGGAGCUGCCGCGACCGCUAAAGUCGAACUUAAACGAGCAAUCGUUUAAAUAUAACAGUUAUUACCAACAUGACAUCGUAUUACCAACAUAAGACAUAUUACCAAACAUGUCUAACCAAGUAUAUAGCAUUUAUAGUAUACACGUAUAGAAUCAAAUUAAUAGUCAAUGUUGUAAAUAUUAUAUAUUGUAUAUAGCAGGAUUAUUACUAUUAUUUAUGUAAAUAUAAAUCAUAUAAUAAACAACGACACGGCUUUUUAUUACGGAAAUGGAUUUUUUGUUUACUGACGAUUUCCAAUAAAGAUGUGUUCUUAUUUUGUA